CAAGCGCGGGGCCGGAGUGGCCUUCCCAGAGUCCUUUGCGCGGCACCUGGCGACAAGAUGGCUGCCCGAGGGAGACGGGCGGAGCCUCCAGGCCGGGAGGCGCCAGGCCCAGCGGGCGGCGGCGGGAGCCGAUGGGCUGAGUCGGGGCCAGGAACGUCACCCGAGAGCGGGGACGAGGAAGUGUCGGGCGCCGGUUCGAGCCCGGUGUCGGGCGGCGUGAACUUGUUCGCCAACGAUGGUAGCUUUCUGGAGCUGUUCAAGCGGAAGAUGGAGGAGGAGCAGCGGCAGCGACAGGAGGAGCCGCCCCCGGGCCCGCCGCGACCCGACCAGCCGGCCUCCACCGCCGGGGGCCACGGGGAUCCGAAGAGGAAGGGCGGCCCGGGCCCCACACUCAGCUUCGUGGGCAAACGCAGAGGCGGGAACAAACUAGCCCUCAAGACGGGAAUAGUAGCCAAGAAACAGAAGACGGAGGAUGAGGUAUUAACAAAUAAAGGUGACGCGUGGGCUAAGUACAUGGCAGAAGUGAAAAAGUACAAAGCCCACCAGUGUGGCGACGAUGAUAAAACUCGGCCUCUGGUGAAAUGACCCCCCCCACCCCCGCGCCCACAGCCUGGGACUCUGCGAUGUACAUACUAUUUAAUGCGAGGCGGCACGGCGGCGGCCUUCCCCGAGGACUGAUUCAAAGAAGGAAACCGAGGGCCUUCCCGCAGCCGCGGGUGAUUCUCCAGGACUCUUUUUUAUCUUGAGCACUUGCCUCCUGAGACUUACUAGAACAGUGGCUCACUGUCCCCUCCCACCCCUCGCUCGCUCUCUAGCUCUUUCUGUCUUCCUCCUCCCACUUCCUCUCCUUCCCCUUAGCUAUCAUUUCCGGGAAGUAAAGAACUUGACUUAGUGGCUGA